AUGACUACAGCUUCGCCCGUAGUCGGGCGAGUAGUGUCUCAUUCCAACAACCGAAGAAGAGGAUGGGUCAUCGCCACCGAGGACGACGCCGAGGCCGAACGACCUUCCAGCUUCGAUGCUCGCAAGAGCGCGGCAGCAUGGAACAAGGGCAAAGGCCCUUCCCAGGCAUCCAUACCUUCACGAGCCUCAUCACUAGCUUCAACUCCGGCGCCAUCACCAACGAUUUCCAGUGACGCGUUCAGACCAGAUACCGCAGAUCAAUCAACAAGAAGCGGUUGCUCGACAAGCGCAAAUACACGCGUAUGUCAGCCUGUAGCGCCACCACGUGUUCCAUCGGCCAGCCUCGAUCACAACAAGGACGCAACGUCCAGCUCGACGAGCGACAGACAGACGGAGUUCAGCUCGGGACGACGAAGACCUUCACCACCUCUGCUCGUACCGCCAAAGCAGACGUUCAGGAAAGUGCCGUCCAACCGAGUCCUGCCUGCUUGGGCACUGAGCGAUCACCAGAAGUUCAUGGCUGCUGCUAACAAGGCUUCUCAACCAGCAUCUCCCAGCAGCACAGCCUCAUCAGAAGCCGCAUCAUCACCAUCACGCUCGCCAUUUGUGAAUGCUGCACUGCGCAGCGAGCUAGCAAAGCUUGCUGCGAUUCGACGCGCCAACAGCUCGUCAUCAUCGAGCACAGCGACGACCACGUCUUCAGCAUCGAAUCUCGUUUCAGCAUCCACGCCAGCCACUUCAGUCGCCACUGCAAUCCCAUUAGACAAUCAGUUCAAGGAUAAAGGCAAGCAAGUUGCUCAGAGCCCCCUGCAAAAUGAUGUGCAAGACUUUUUUAGUCCGGCUGCUGGAAAAGUCAAACAGUUGGCACACACGUUCGACAACGCAUGCAGCCGCGAGCAGAGCAGCAAGUCGCAAUCUUCAGCGCCCGCUUCAACGCCAUCACGGCCAUUGAUUGGCAAUCGCCUAGAGCAGAAGCAGUCGCUUUUCUUCUCAGUGGUGGAUCCCCUACCUGCAUUAAGCGAAAAGUCGGCUGCUUCGGACUUGGACGACGUGCUGUCCUUGACAUCCGACAUGAUGUCCGAGAGCGAAGCGACAAACACCAGGGCAGCGAGGCUCACCAAAAGGCGCGACAGUCUGCAGAUAGAAAUGCCACCACCACCACCGCAGUUCAAGGACAGAUAUCCGACGAUCCGUGUGGACUCCACUCACGUCAGCGACUCUGAGGCCAGCGGCACGAGCAAGGUAGGAUCCCGUCGCCGACGCCGACGAAGCACCACAUCGACGAGCAACAAGCUCUGCGGCAACAUGGACGACGAAGACGACGACGAGUAUGCAGAUGACGAUUCCAGCUGGCCAUCAACACCUUCCACCACGCCACUCGAGGCGUACUUCACAGCUAUCGAUGCUAAGCCCAAACCAGCUCGAAGGACAGUGCAAACAACCAAGGAGAUUGUCGCGCCCGCUUUAGGCGCACUUGGCAUGGGCAGGCCCAUGGUCGUGGUCACUAGCCCAAGCACCGCGUCCGAGGUAUCCUCGGAUCGACGCUCGAGCUCCGGCUCGGGUUCUACGUCGGAUCGCACCUACUCAUCUUCUCCCCCAGCUGUGGCCAGUGUCGCGCCACCCGCUGCUCUGACCAGGAUCGAAGAGCAUGUCAGUGCAAAGAGCGACGCAGAGCCAAGUCCAGCCGCGCCGCCGAGACGUUCUCUCUCGUUCGAGGUGCCCGCAAUCAACCGCUAUCGAUCUUCCCAAGAAAGUCUAGCCUUGGACCAUCCUAGCCGCUCCCCCUCGCGCGCGAUGGCGUUCUUAGCCAGGAUCAGUCCCAGUAGAUCGGCUGCCCGCAGUAGCGUCGACUUGGCAUCCGUCACACGCACCAAUGCAGCUACGUUUUCCACGGAAGCGGCCAAGAGGAUGUCGUUGGAAGCUGAGCGCCGAACGUCUGCGGAACAGCGCCGUUCGGUUGAGCUGCGUCCGAUCCUGCUCAAUGCAGCUUCGCGUCCACCUGCUCGAGCUGUGGCUGCUGAAGUAGCCGCGUCUGGUCCAACUGCUGCCACUUCGACCGCUACAACGCAGCAGGAGCGUCGGCGUUCUCUGGGUCGCGUCGCAGUUCGGCCCAACGUGGUCCCCUACCAUUCGCGCCGCAGCUCAGAAGUCUCUGUUGGAUCCUCGACCGAGUCUCGCAAAGAACAGGAUCGUGCAUCCUUCGACAAGCAAGCAUUUGAUCCGAGAUACAGCCCUGCAUCGCAAGUUACGACUCUGACCAUGCCAUCACCAGCGCUCAGUACUGAACAGAAACCCUUCUCGUUCCGGCCCACUACGGCAGUGCAUGCAAGGGUCCAGGUGGACAAGCGCAGGUCUGCGUCCAUCAACGCCCCCAACGAUCGCUUCGCUGCUUCUAUGCCCUCUCUGCACGAAUCCGCCGUCGAUGUGCAUCCUCGGAAUCGUCGUUCGGGCUCGAAUGACGAGGCUGAGAGUCGACCAUCGGCGAUACAACUUCUGGUCAACUCGCAAAAGGGCAGAAUGACCAGGGACAAUGACUCGAUCGCCGAGUGGAUCUCGGUAUCGGUCCACGACCUUCCCCUCCCAAACGCCACUGAGGCAUACGGAAAUGGAGGUGUUGGCGAAUUCUCCAAGGAAACACAGCAGCAGGCAAAGAAACCUAAGAAGAACAGGCCAUGGAAGCUUGGCCGGUUCGCUGCUUCAGAAAUGUUGCUACCGGCCAAGGCUCCGACUACUUCUGCUGCAGCCCAGUUGAAACGCCGAUCGAUCACGCUGCUCAAGCGAGCUUCGUCUUUGCAUGUGAACGAAGCAAAGCGAACAAGUACAGAAUCGACGUGCUCACCACACAGAGGACCCUUCAUGCGCAAUUUGGGCUUUACAACCGCGAACCGUAACGUUGCUAUGCAGACUCUUUGCGCCGAGCGGUCGAUUUUGGCACUGGCAGCAAGCACAAUCUACAUUGCAGGGUGUGGCCGCAUCAAGGUGCCGCAGCCUACACCAUUGCCGCCAAACCAGUCGAAAGCAACAGCAAAACCAAAGGAGAUCAAGAGCAAGAAACAGAGCCAAAACUUCAACAAACCGUUACCAGUGCCGAUGGUCGAAAAACGCAGCAGUCCAGUUUGUGCUUCUCAGAUCGAAGACGCAUCACAAGAUUCAUAUCUGAAUGUGAAGGGCGAUUGCCAUACAGGCUACGACCUGAAUGGAGUGGCUGUGGGCACGAUCAGGUCGAUGGUCCCCGAGUUGGGAGACUGGUCUCUUUCGACGCAGCACGAUCGCAGCCCCAGCCAAGAAGUGAUCCAAGAGCGACCUUUCCGAGACUAUGACGAUGAGGGUUCGGACUUGUUUGACUCGGAUGGGUGCGAGUCCGACUCGGAAGACGAGAUGGACGACGUCGAUGAGGACGUAGAGGUGCCGGUACGCUUCGGUCGGCGCGUCAACUUGGGCAAUCGAGCAGGAUCUGGAUUCUACGGUUUGUCCGUGCCGGCCACACUUGAGACAGCAUCGGCUGUCAUCGACCAACCAAGCAAGGAGGCUUCGGACGCAAACGGAGAGCACAGUCGGAUUCUACCAUCGGUCAGUCUGGAACGAAUUGCUCCAGGUACAGUGGUGUUGCACGGAGCCGAGCUCCGAGUCUGCAUUGAAGAGGAGCAGCUCUCUGAGGGAGCAGCUCGACCCCUGGCGUACUGGAAGGCUUUGGAGGUGCACCAGCCGAGAUCGAAGCCUGACGAGCCGCAACUCGUCGAGAAUCAGGUGCGUCGCCAACCCUCGAGCAGGGCGAUGAAGCUCGAGCAAGAAGUGGCUACAGGAAUGUUUGCCGCGUUUGUGGGCAAUCGCGGGCCACGUCGGCAGGCGCAGCGAGCAAAUUCUCUUGCUGGAACCACAGGCGCAACACAAGACCCUACUCUGAGAGGUAGCGAUCCACGCAUCAAGCAUGAGAAGGAGCUGGUGGUAUCUAAAGUGAACAAGAGCACGUUCACUGUGCGAAGCGAGAUUCGAUCGACGCAUGAAGGAACGGAACAGGUGGUGGAGAUUAUGCGUCGUGGAGAAAACCACUUGAGGCAAGUUUCCGAAUCUUGGCGAGAGUCGAUGCGCAUGGACAAGUUGGAACGAACUUUCCCUUCGCCGCUGCUCUCGAACACGGAGUUCGCACACCACCAAUCACGAUCGAGCAGCCGAACGGAUAGCUCACGGUCGAUACUCGAUGACUCGGCCGAGCGCAUUGCGAUCCGUAUCGAGCCACGUGGCGGCCGAGGAUUUGUGGCAAGCUUUCAACCUCGAGACGGGCAGCACUGGUGGUGGGAAGCGAGAAAGGUGGAGGCGUCGGUGCUGUCUCGGAGCAAGAAAGAUAGAGACGUUGGAGGCAUUUGUGUGUUGGAAAACCACGACUUGGUGCUGCGGGCGAGCAAGGGGUCAGGAUUGAUGGAGCUCGCCAGCUAUUCGGCCGAUUCGCAGCUGCGCAAUGCGCUGGAGGUGUUCAAGCCACGAACCAAGGCUAUUCCGAAACUGCUGCCCAACGAGACAGAAAUGGUCAGUGCAGCAGUACCGCUACCGACACGCGUGUUGCCGCUGGCGAUUCCGAUCCGAGGAGGAGCGAGGAGGGAAGCGCCAAUCCCGUUGCGAGGCAUUCGGGGUGGACCUUUGGUGCGACCGCAGCCGACUGCGACAGGCAUGGUACGCCACCACGGUUUGUGGCAGCAUGCGCGAGCCGCCGUGUCGACGGAAGCAGUGGUGCAGGUGCACAACAACGCCGUCAACAAUGCCGUCAACAACGCUAGAGCAUCGCUGCAACUCGAUGAGCGUCCGUCUUGGAAUCCAGUGCGGGUGAAUGGGCCAAUGUUACGGUCGCCCGACGAGACCAAGGCGGAUGAGAAGCUGGGUGUGCUCAGCUUUUCAACGGUUGAAGCUGUCGAUCGAGAUCUGGUGGUGCUUUCGCUUCUGGCAGUCAUGGGAUCUGUCAAAUUGUGA